AGUCUCGCUGGGUGCGAGAAUUCAGCAAUGGCGGCUAAUUUGAGUCCAAACUUUGACUGUGAAACCACUGAUAUUUGUAUUUCAGAACUUACAGUUGUCUAAAACGCUCAUGAAUGACUUGUGUGCACAGAGAUGAAAACAACUAAAGAACUUGCACGUGAACUGGGACUCCUGAGAAAACGCUAUAUGCCAAAAGUACAAAAUGGAAAAGAAGCCCUAAUGAAAAAGCCCAAGUUGUGCACAGGUCAGGUUUUUACAUAUCUUGUGGUAUUGGAUUUUGAAUCAACAUGUUGGCAAGAUGGAAAAUUUCGCACCCAAGAAAUCAUUGAGUUUCCAGCAGUGCUGUGUAACACGAGGACGGGGCAGAUAGAGAGUGAGUUUCACCACUAUGUUCAGCCUCAAGAACAGCCAGUACUCAGCGACUUUUGUAAACAGCUCACUGGAAUUACCCAGGAGCAAGUGGAACAAGGGAUCCCUCUGUUUCUGUGUCUACGUAAGUUCUGUCACUGGUUGAACAAGAUUAAGCAGGAGAAGAAUAUUGUCUUCUCUGAAGGGGAGGAAGGGUCCAGAGCCACCUUUGUCACAUGGUCAGAUUGGGAUCUUGGUGUGUGUCUACUGUAUGAGGCUCGUCGGAAACAACUCUCCAGACCCCCAGAGAUGAACAGUUGGAUUGAUCUGAGGGCGACAUACAGGAAAUUCUAUGGGCGGAAGCCUCAUGGUUUAAAUGGAGCUCUGCAGGCUGUUGGUAUUGAGUUUGAAGGACGUGAACAUUCAGGUGUGGAUGAUGCCCGCAACACAGCUCGUUUGGCCUGGAGGAUGAUGAGAGAUGGCUGUAUCAUGAACGUCACCAAGAACAUCGGAAUGGCAGCAUCUGGUCAGGAUGACCAACAGACUGUUGAGGGGGAUGGAACAAUAAAGCGAGGACACAGGUCACACAUCUCUCCCACUAUCACCGUGUCCACAGGUCAAAGUUCUAAACGACCAAGCUCUGUUCCUUUCAAGCAAAGUGGAAAACUUCUUCAGACAAAACUUCAAAUAGUCAACCAGAGAUCUGAUGGAAAGGAGAAAACAUUUGUGGUUCCAGUGAGUUUAAAUACUCGUCAAAGCUCUGUGGGACUGAGUGUUCGAGAUACCAAUAUUAGGCGUGAUUUUAAACAGGAGGAUAAAAAGUGUGUCAGAGAUUUGAAGAGUGGCAGGACGACCUGUUCAGUGUCAAGUCAAGGAAAGAAACUGGAGUCUGAUCAUUGUAUGGAUACUAAGGUGUCCAGUGUUGUUACACCAUGCAUAAAUCGUUCCAAGACGGCUUUGAGAAACAGCUGCUCGAGAACUCAGAAUCAUUGUCCUACUGUUCAUGGAAGCUUCAAGCCACCAAAUCAAAGUGCUGUGACUCCAGGACAGACGGGUCUAAGCUCUGCUUCCACAUCUGAAGUUGUGUUGAGAAGUGUUUUCAAAACUCCAAAUCAGAGGAUGAACCAUAGUGGUGAAAGCUUGAGUCGUGGAGUAAUGGCACCAUAUCAAAAUACUUCAAACACUGUUUUCAAAACACCAAGUCCUGGGCAAGGCAGGUUAUCACUUCCUGGGUCCAACUGUUCAAGCAGCAUGAAAGCUACCCCACCGAUGUGUAAAUGUGGUCGACGUUCAAAACGACGUUUGGUUCAGUCACCGGGCCCUAACAUUGGUCGGUUCUUCUUCACAUGUGGUGUGCGUACUUCUCAAUAUGAUGCUAGGAGAGGAUGCGAGUUCUUCCAGUGGGAAAGUUCAUCUGCAGGGGGAGGUAACUCCAGACAUGUCUCAAAGACAGGAAGUAGUUGUGGUGUGUCCAGACCAUUUACUCCUGUCACACCAGUAGGUGUGAGACCACAGUCUCAGCGGGGGAUCAGAUCAGCUGUUCCUAAGUUUAUUCGAUAGAACAAUCAGGUUGACCCAUCUUAAAAAGUCCAAUUUCCACCCUUGCCGAACUAGGCUGGAAUUCCUGGGCUCGAUCAUAGCGCCACCAGUGGCUAUAACCAGUUAUGUCCCUUCUAAACCUGUCCUAUGGACCAAUCAGAUUCCACCCCUCGUAUCACUUGCGUUUGCUUCACACAAAAUGGUGGCGCCCAGUCAGGACGAUCUGAUCGAUUAUCAAGUUCUAUAUCGUGAUAAAAGGGGUCUUACAUCGCGAAAUGCAUCAAAUCACGUGAGCACCUUGAUUAAAAACAUUGAAAAGAUUUGGAAAAUAUCUGCUGACAACGAGUUGGCGGUGUACAUGCUUUGCAAAUCCUGCAA